CUGAUUGAGUACCGUGUUUUCAGGCGUACGAUCAAAGCGACGUUACUAUUGGUACCAUUACUUGGUGUAUCAAAUAUACCAUUAUUUUAUGAGCCAGCUGAGCCUAGUGCUGUUUACAUGUUGGGAUCGGCCAUUCUCCAACAUUCUCAGGGAAUUUUCAUCGCUGUACUGUAUUGUUUCCUAAAUGGUGAGAUCCAAAACGCUCUCAAAAGACAGUUGUCCAAAGUUCCUAUAGAAUUUUUCAAGCCGAGACAGCGAUUUGAAACUGAGCGAACGUACGUGCCAGAAACUCGUAACGUUACCAAACAUGGCGUACCUAUGGAAGAAUUGAAUGGUACGAAGAAAGCGCCACAAGAAACAACCCCACUCAAUCAGGCAGGUUAUUUUUAG